AUGCAAUUCUCAUCUAUCCUCGCUACCUCCGCUUUAGUUGCUGGUUCUUUAGCCGCUUACACUAACGAUACCACCGUUACCACCGAUGUUACCGUUACUGGUUACACCACUUACUGUCCAUACUCCACCGAAGUUACCAUCACUACUUGUAAAGAAAACAAAUGUGCUCCAACCACCAUUCACGUUACUGAAGCCACCACUUUAACUGUUACUGAAGAAUGUGUUGUUCCAACUUCUUACACCACUGAUUUCGUUACUUCUACUUCUACUUUAGCUUGUACCGAAUGUGAACACUCUACUGAAGCUCCAAAAUCUUCUGCUCCAGCCACCACUGAAGCUUCUUCUUCUCAACCAACCACCUUAGCUGCCGAAUCCUCUUCUGCUCCAGCCACCACCGCUGAAGUUUCUUCUUACGAAGCUGGUGCCGCUAGAAACGUUGCUGGUGUUGCCGCUGGUGUUGCCGCCGUUGCCGCUGCUUUAUUCUAAGCUUUUUAACUUUUAGUUUAUCAACUUUAGUUUAUUUUUUAAUUUAAUGUCAUUUGGUUUGGUUUUAUCUUUCAUUUUUCUUUUUUCGUUUAUAAAAAGUUUCUGUAUUUUUCUUUACUGCUUUCUAAUUACCCUUUCGUCUAAAUUUUUUACUUCGGUUUAGUAUUAAUUAAUAUAUUAAUUGUCCU